UGAGCUCAGCCUUCCUCGCUGUCUGUAUCGAUGAAGUUGUUUCAAAGAUGGCGGAUUUCCUGCCGUCCCGCUCCGUUUUAUCUGUAUGUUUCCCUAACUGUCUCCUCACAAGCGGCGAGGUAGAACAGUUACGGAAGUCUAAAGAGAUAGAUAAAUGUAUUAAUCGAGAUAAGACGUAUGUUAAAAGGCUAGUAAAGAUCUUAUUGCUUGGAGCAGGCGAGAGCGGCAAGUCCACUUUCCUCAAGCAGAUGCGCAUUAUCCAUGGGCAGGACUUCGAUCAGAAGGCCAAAGAAGAGUUCAGAGCCACGAUUUUUAGUAAUGUUAUAAAAGGUAUUCGGGUGUUGGUGGAUGCCCGAGAGAAACUCCACAUCCCAUGGGGCACACCGUCCAACCAGCAGCAUGGAGACACCGUGAUGGCUUUUGACACCCGGUCGGCAAUGGCCCAUGGUCACGGCAUGGUGGAACAUAAAGUUUUCCAGCACUACCUGCCAUCCAUCCGGGCCCUGUGGGCUGAUGAGGGCAUCCAGAAUGCCUAUGACCGCCGGCGAGAGUUCCAGCUGGGGGAGUCGGUCAAGUAUUUCCUGGACAAUUUGGAAAAGCUUGGACAGUCGGACUACCUCCCCAGCCAACAGGACAUCCUCCUGGCCAGAAAGCCCACUAAGGGCAUCCACGAGUACAACUUUGAGAUCAAAAACGUGCCUUUCAAGAUGGUGGACGUGGGCGGACAGCGCUCUGAGAGGCGGCGCUGGUUCGAAUGCUUUGAUUCGGUCACUUCCAUUCUCUUUCUUGUCUCCUCCUCUGAAUAUGACCAGGUGCUGAUGGAAGACCGGCAGACCAACCGGCUGAGCGAGUCCCUCAAUAUCUUUGAGACCAUCGUCAAUAACCGGGUGUUCAGCAACGUGUCCAUCAUCCUGUUCCUGAACAAGACAGACCUGCUGGACGAAAAGGUGAAGCAGGUAUCCAUCAAAGACUACUUCCCCGAGUUUUCGGGCGACCCCACAAGCCUGGCGGACGUCCAGCGCUUCCUGGUGGAAUGUUUUCGCAAGAAGCGGCGCGAGCAGCAGCAGAAGCCGCUGUACCACCACUUCACCACUGCCAUCAACACUGAGAACAUCCGGCUGGUGUUCCGCGACGUCAAGGACACCAUCCUGCAUGAUAACCUUAAGCAGCUGAUGCUGCAGUGAGAGGAAUGACCAGGAGGAGGAGGAGGAGGAGGACGAGAGGAUAUGGGUGUAGGCAGACGGAAAGUGGGUGUCCAGGUGCCUUUUUCCUUACCCCCACCAGCCUGUAAGGGGAUCGGGUAGUGUCCCACCCAUGCAUCCUCCUUCUUUGACUUUGACCCGCUCCUCCCUUUUGAACCUUGACUGUGUAUUAAAGCCACCACUACUUCCGCCACCCCCCCGCCCCCCCACGCUUGCUCUCUGCCUUACUGAGCUUGUUCACUGUGACUUACAACAGCUGCCUUUGGCUCAGAGCCCCACCCACCCUCCGACCCUUGAAACCACUGUAAAUGACCUCUUAACCCCGCCCCUCCCCCACUCCAUGUUGUGCAGUGGACCUCCCUGACAUCUUUUAUGGUAUUUCCACUCUGUGACUUGCUCUGAUGCACACACUGUCUGUUUUUUUUUCUGUGCUGCUCUGACCACUGUUGGGAGGGAGGGAGAUGAUGAGGAAGGGCUAGUUUUAAAUUGCUGUUACUGCCAUUAAAGCCAUAGAUAUAGAAACAAAUGUCCCAUUGGCAGCUGGAUUGUACAUCAAUGCUGUAAUGGAAAAGUCAAAACUGGCCUGUGGACAAAUACAAGUUCAUAUUUUUUCCGGAUGAAAAGCGCAACAGUUUACAUUUUUUAAACCCAUUUCAGUGUUUUGGUUUUAUGUUCUGGGCUUUAAUAAUCUACAUGGAGUACAAUUAAAAAGUGGUCUCACUGUCAGACAAGUUUUUACAGCUCAAGAAGACAUUGAAUUUCCCACGGCUGAAAUAACUCACCUUGCCUUAGGAGUAAAUACACUCUGAGCCAGUGAUUAUAGACUAAUUAUUGAAAUACUCCGUCACUAAGGCCAAAAGUUUUGUAAAUCAUAAACCCUUCAAUCUAAAAGGAACUCACAGAGAAUGGUUCAGAGUUGUAAUAUUAACUGCUUUUUAUCCAUAGAAACACCCUCCUUGCUUUUAUUUACUGCUUUUAUUUGUGUAGAGGCCGGUCUUGACUUUUCACAGGAAUGGGCUGAAGCAGUCAAUGUUGCAUAUGCGUGUGUGUACAUAUAUAUAUAUAUAUAUGUGUGUACACACACACACACACACACACACCUAUGGUCGAAGCCACCUACAGGCACAGGCGACAUCAGCCCUGUAUAGCCCUCCUUUCCAGAACUGCUUUUGUUUUGUUUCUGGUUUUACAUCUGCUCUCCACUGGCGCUUGGUGAUGACAUCACUGUGUCGUGGUGGCCAACACCAACACACACAAACACACACAGACGGACAGAUAGGAAUUCCGGUUGCAAAGUUCACCUAAUUCUAGUUUUCUAAUCGUUUUGUUUCUUUUUCUAAUAUAUGAAUAUACUGUAUGUACCUAUGCAUUUUUCUUUAACUUAUAUUUUAUGGGGGUUUACACUUUGUGGAUUUGUGACUGCUGAUGGACUCUGUUACAGCUAAUUAAAGGGCAGAGGCCUAAGAGAGCACAGGCACAAACACAUAGACCACUUGUAAAAUUGAAUAGUGACACGGUUUCUUUUGCUGUUUCUCAGGGCUCGUUGUGAACCACUUCUUUGUGAUUUGAAGCCUCUGCCCUUCCACAUAAGUCAAAUGACAGAUUUUAAGCAUCUUUUCUUCUCUUAUGCUUUAAAAGCAAACCUCUGGCAUUCUUCAAACAGGACCAUAUUUUGCCAUCUGGACAAACAGACCUCAUGGCCCCAUUUCCACCUUGUUUAUUUUUUGUUUGUUUGUUUGUUUCUUUAAGAUAUGGUUUUUAUGGACAUGUGUUAUCUGGAUAGGCAGCUGCCCUCUGCAUUUACACUUGGUGUUAAUAUGUGUAAUGUUAUCUCGCCUCUGCCCACUUCCAAACUCGACGUGCAUACAGCGAUCAAAGCGAAUGACUCCACUCAGAACCGACGGCACGCUGACUCAGUUGGUGCUCGGCCCCAGUCGGAGCGGGGGAGGGGAGAGGGGGGGUCUCACCUCCAUUCUAAAUGUGUGUGGCUCCUCAAAUAGCAUUCGCAUUGCCACGUUUACUGUGCGCAGGUAAUGUGUCUUUCCCUAUCCAAAUAACACGAUACAGCUAAAGCUUACUAACAGCGCUACAUGUUUUCAUAUUGUGGGAAUAAUCGACCCCAAAAUCCCUGUAGCGGGACAGAAUGUCGGCCAUGAAAAGUGCUGACUAUUCUGUGUGUGUUGGCGGCCGAUUGCAGCUGCUUGUCAGUAGUGUGGACAAACAGUAAAAGUACAAGCUGAGAGACACUUAUCUCCACACUCUUUGUGAAUUGAUCAUUUAAAUUAAAAAAAAAAAGAAAAAAAAGAAUUAUGUUUCCAGAAACUGUCAGGCUGCACAAAAUUAAGCCUAAAACAAAACCAUUGUCUUUCUAAUGUAUUCUUGUACGCAGUGAAAGUUGUCACAUUUGAAAGCUUCAUGAAUAGAAUGAGAAACAUUUUCAGUGAAACUGUGAUGGAUGAUGCAGUCCAGGUUGACAGUGGCCAAACGAAUCCAGAAGCCCCUUUUGAUUCUCACAUUCAAGCCUGCGGGUUUCAUCUCUCCUCCGCAGACGAGGUGUCUUUAUCCUCUCGGUAGGAUUGCCGCCACCCUAAGCGUUCUGUGUUAUGCUACAUGUGAUGCGGGGGCUCAGUCUUUCGUUGUUAUUUUCUAAACGGUACCUGUUAAUGCUGUGUGACUUCCCCUUUCCAUACACCCCGAGUAAACAAAAGGGAUAAAGCCAGCCCUGUGAGUCACCUGAGCAGGUGUCUGCUGGCUGCUCUCAUUGUUGUUACAGCUUAUGUACAGUGCACGUUGUCCUCUUAACUCUUUUUGUCUAAUGCAACAGGAUGUACCGAGCUCAGUUUCCUUUCUAACCCAAGAUAUAACCUCCCACACGCAUCUGUAUGUAUGAGUGUUAUUUUAAUGCUAUUUUCAUGUUUUUCUUUUGGAUGGUGUUUAUUUAAAAUGAAAGCAGGCAUCUGGCAGCGUGUCUUCAGGAGUCUUGGCCUCAUUACUCCAUGUGCCCCUAGCAGGAAAUGGCCUCCAGUUGUUCAUUUUAACACAGCAUACAUAAAAAGUUGAUCAUUAAGAUGAUAAAAAUGUCUAACACAAGGCCUUUUGUUGAACUGUUACAUCUCCCCAACAUUGAACCUCGUUCACUAAUCUCUGCAAAGUCUGAAUAACACCUUGAUCAUUUGUAAUAAAGAAAAAACAGAUGAUUUUUUUUUUUUUUUUACAUGUGAUCAAAAUAAUUAAAUUCAGCGGCAUAGGAAUAAUGAUUCUUUUGAGUCACAUGCUCUUGAUCAGUGUAAUACUUGAUUUAACGUGAUUUAAAUGCGUUUAGUGUUUGUUUUUCUUUCAAAAAAAAAACUUGCCAAUGUAGUUGCAAGCGUUAGCUCUUGAACUACAUAAUCCUUAUACUUAGCCUGUUCUGUUACCACUUUUUAAUGCACACAACGCAUUUUUUAUGAAAAUGAACCGGCAGACUCUUGAAGCUUGCUUUAGGAUUCUGAUCCGUUAUAUUUUCGGUUUUUAAUAUCUUCAAAUUGUGCCAACAUGAAUGGAAGUCGUGGAAUUGAGGAGCGUUGGUAUUGUUAAACCUCAGCAGCCUGGUGAAGCUCAGUAUGUGUGUGGAGAUGUGUAGUAUAAGGGCUAAAACACGCUAUUCCCUUAUCUGUAGCUAAUCUGGUAGGCAUCAAGAAAUUGUGUAGAAUUAGUACAGAUUGCACUGCUGCUGUAGAGCUGUGGCUAAAGGCAGAAAACUCCACUGUUUGCUCAGAGCACUGUCACGCGACUGUUUGCCUCCUCUUGGAGUUGUCCGUUGACAUCACUUUCGACACGUGCCCUCCUUCCCCCUUCAGUUCUGACUCACUGCGAUUUCUGCAGCAUUUAGCUUUAAUUUUGAACAGUUGACAGAUCCUUUGUGUUCCUGACAGCUCUGUCAGUGUAGUGCUCUUUGUCCUCCAGACCAACAAGGAAUCAACUGCCACUCAUCUGUGUGUUUUAAGCACGCAGCAGUAAAGUCACACGGUUCAUUUGGGUGUGUGUUUCCAAUUCUAAAAGAGGAAAUUGACCAACAGGGCCGAUUAGCAAAAGCUCUGUGAAUUCUUCAAACUGUGCAGUGGCGGUCUGCAGGAUUCUCCCUUGGUCAGCUUGUUUGCAUCUGGAUGAAGGUGCCUCUGUCUGUGUGUGUGUGUGUGUGUGUGUGUGUGUGUGUGUGUCUGUGUGUCUGUGUAACACAAACACAGUGUCCUGUCUGCUCAGACAGCCUUGUCUGACUUCAGACUGCUGUGUCAUGUAAUCGCUUCAGGCCAGAACAAGGCCUGUUGUCACACACACACACACACACACACAGACAGACAGACAGACAGACUCCAUGAUGUCAUAGCAGAACAGGCUUGUACCCUGAGAUGGCCUUUGUCUACGCUGAACAAACUUGGUUUUGAUUGUUAGAACACACAUGGUAUAUUGUCCCUCAGGAGCAUGAGCAGAUGGCUGUGCAGUGAUGAUGUUCGACUGUCCCAACUCUUUAAUGGAGCUUCUGUGAUGUCAUAUUGAGCCAUCUUUUAACAUCAGGUUCUACACAGUCCAGCGGUCCUGCAGCCAGGAGGAGCCAUACAGAAAAUGAUGACAGGGGCAGUGUGGGGAACAAAUAAACAAGCUUGAAGCACGUGUCGUUCGGCCAUGUCUGAAAGUGUUUGGAAAUUUCAUGCUUGAAUGCAGGGUGAAAAGCCUUCUUGAGACUGCAUCUUGCAACCUCUACACCAGGAAUCAUACACACACACACACACACACACACACACACACGUUGGUGCAUGCUGAAAAGUGAAAGAAGCAGUGAAAAAUUUCAAAAUGAACAGAAGCUCAGCCUACUUUUACACCUCCACACACCUGACCAGUCACUGUAGGAAGUGGACUUUAUUUUCAAAAAUUCCUUUUAUAAGCAUAGUAAGUCCACACCAAACUGCAGUCCCAGGCCAGUUUCUCCGCUCUGUAUACGUCCUCUGUCCGUGGACUGUGCUCCCAGCUUUGUGCAUUGACAUGUUCACCAUCUGCCCUCUAAGGUGGGACUGGGGGGCAUGGCAUUAAUAGCACCCCACACCCUGGAAACUGAAGGUGGUUCGUUUUGCUGAGCAGGAGGGGGAAAAAAAAUUGGUUUUAGCCAUGAGGCCAUGUUUGAUUUGUGCUCCCAAAGUGCCGCUCAGAGCACUGUUUUGCUCAUAAUGACUGUAAUGACCAGAAUCUGCCUUUGACCUUGCCUUCCAAUGUGUGUGAUACUGGUUUUGUACGCUGCAUCGUGUGUAUGUUCUCUGAAUUAGACAUUACUGCUGUGCCUGUAACAGUGCCAGUCAAAUACUUUGAUGGUGUUUCCUGGAUGAAUAUUGAGGAAGUUUUUGCUUGUAUAUACAUACCUGUGAGAGGGAACCAGAGUUAUUUUGCAUUAGAGCUUGACCGAGACCGGGUUUCUGUCAGUACCAGUGCUGUGGAGUAGAAAACUUCCUAUGAAAAACAGUAGACAUGAAAUUCAUGGGGAAAUUGAAGUAUUUAAGUCAAGGUGAUUUUACUUGGCUAGCUCACAUUCACAAAUCAUGUAAUUAUUUUAUGUCAGCAAUUCUAAAUUAGCCCAGCAUCUUUGUUCAGGAUUAUAGCCUGUAAAAAAAAAAACAAUAAUAAAUAAAAUAUCUUGCAUAUCAGAUACCAGUAUACAUUGACCAAUAUGAGCCCACUGACAUAUCAGUCGGGGUCUUACUCAGUCCAAACUAUGCAACAGCGCUGCUCCACAGCCGUGACUUGGUAUUAUGUUGUGUUCGAAUCAAUCGUGAUGACGCUGACUGAUGAUUCUCUUAAUGCCAGUGUCUUAUGGAAAUUACUCUUUAAUCACGUCAGGUUAAAAAAAAAAAAAAAAAAUCUGAAAAUGAUCUGCCAAAUAAACUGUUGUCUAGUGCCUCCUUUUCCAAGCU